AUGACUGUCUCCAAAGCUCUCGUGCUCAUCACCGGCGCUAACCAGGGCCUUGGAUUUGCAACUGCACGCCAGCUCGCCAGCUCUGGCCAGUUCCAUGUACUUGUCGGGGCCGCGGAACUCACUCCUGACGCCACCGACCAGUCGUCCCUGACCCCUAUCACCAUUGAUGUUACCAACGACGCUUCCAUCGCUGAUGCCGCCAAGAUUGUGUCUGAGAAAUUCGGACAUUUAGACAUCCUAAUCAACAAUGCAGGCAUCGGAGAGGUGCCCGGUGCUCCCGUGCGUGAACAGUACCGCCAGAUCUUCGAAGUCAACGUCUUUGGUGUUGUUGCUGUCAUCGAUGCGUUCUUGCCACUACUGCGAUCAUCAAGCUAUGCUGACCGUCGCAUCGUCAAUGUGACAUCCGGACUUGGCCUAAUCAGCAUGGCCGGCAAGAAGGAUUAUGCUUUCAACGCCAAAGCGUGGUUUGCCCCAGACUACCGCAGCAGCAAGGCGGCGCUCAACAUGAUUACAGCUGCGCACUCGGUCAACCUCGCAGAGGAAAAGAUUGCCAUCAUUGCGGUUGCUCCGGGCAUGUGUCGCACCAGAUUCACUGGAGGUCAGGGCAGAAAAGAUACCAGCGAUGGUGCUAAAGUUAUUGUGCGUGCGGCGACAGAAGGGAAUGCGGAGGAGCUAAGUGGUACUUAUAUUGCUGACGAGGGCUUUGGCUUAGGAUGGUAG